CGGCUGUCACUUUUGCUUUAUGGUCUGUCUUCUAGUCUUCUACAAAUAAGCAGUAUUUUACAUCCACCCUUUUUUCCCAAUUAUCAAUCGUUUAUUCACAGAAAUGACUUCUAAAAGUGAAAAAGAUCGCGCCAAACAGAUCCAGGAUCGAUGUCAGAAUAUAUUAAUACAAUUAUUGAAGGAUGAGGACAAUAAAUAUUGUGUUGAUUGUGACGCCAAGGGGCCUCGGUGGGCCUCAUGGAACCUUGGUAUAUUUCUUUGCAUCCGCUGUGCUGGUAUCCACCGUAACCUCGGCGUGCACAUUUCGAAGGUGAAAAGUGUCAAUCUCGACUCAUGGACCGCUGAACAAGUGGUAUAUCUUCAACAAAUGGGCAACUCCCGCGCUCGUGCCGUCUACGAAGCUAACUUACCUGAUUCCUUCCGAAGGCCCCAGAACGAUAACGCUUUAGAAACCUUCAUCAGAGCCAAGUACGAACAGAAAAAGUACAUCGCGAAGGAAUGGGUUCCGCCUACUAUGCCCAAACUUAACUGGGAUAAAGAAAUAGAUGAAGAAUUAGAGAAACAAAAACGCAAAAAGCGGGCCACAACGUCAGGCUUGGGACCUCUACCAGCGCCAUCUGCUGACAAGAAAUAUAACAAAUCUGACGUUAUACCAAGUCUGCCGAAACCUAUAUCAGUAAGUCCUAAAUUAGGCAGAAACACACCUACACACCAAGCAGAUACUAGUAAAACGUCAAAUGGAUCAGCUGAUCUCCUUGGAUUGGACACCAUGAAACCAGAGCCGAAGACAUCCAACAACGACGACAUAUUUUCAAAUUUCUUUUCAGCACCACAAGAGAAACCAGCUGAACCAAAACCGGAAGAACUGAAACCUGAUCUCAAAACAGAGGAAGAGAAUUUCUUCAAACAAGCGGCACCAACAGAAAAGGAGAAAUCUAAGCUUACGAAAGAUAGUAUUUUGGCAUUGUACAGUCAAACACCGACGAAUACUUUAGCAAAUCAAUUUAAUCCUGUCCAACAAGUCCAGCCCGGAGGCUUCGCAUUUGGAACAGCUUACCAAACCCCAGCUUACAACAAUAUGGCAAUGCCUAAUGGAAUGCAAUUCAAUCAAUUCCAACCAAUGCCAAAUCAAUUCCAACAGCCAUUCCCGAGUCAAAUGCAACAGCAGCCUCUACAAAAUGUUCAACCGUUCCCCCAAAACCAGCAAUUUUUCAACACUCAACCCACUCAACCGCUAUCACAACAAUUUAGUGGUCUUAACUUAGGACAGAAUUUCGCUAAUGCUUUUCCGCCAAACCCUAAUGUCGCAAGCAAUACAACUUGGCAAUAAGGUUUCAAGGAAUGAAUUCAUGGUUUAUAUUUCGUUGUGCAUUAUAGAUAACGCAUUAUUCAGCGUUUGUUCUAUCACGGCUGAUAUCCACAGAAUGGGUUACGAUACAAUGUUCAAUAAUAUUUAAAAU